AUGUUACGACGGUGGCUCCCGACUCCAAUGUCGCGCUGCACAGGCCGGACUAAGGAUUUACUGCCUGAGCAAACAUCUCCAUUUCUGCCAAGCACCCUUGCGCCGAGGCGACACCGAUGGACGAUAGCCCUGGCAUCUACCAUUAUUGUCUUUUACCUCCUCCUCAGCCAUGACUACAUUCCUACCGAGUCAUUUAGGUCGAUGGAUUCUCACAGCUCAACCGAAGUUGACUGGUCGCAGUUUGCAUACACUCACCGGGCCGAUCGGGUGAUGCUGUAUCCGUCCAAGAUGUUCAAGUCGGACAACGAUACAUCCCUUGACGCUGGAUUAAUUAUCAAAGCGCGGGAUGAAUACAACGUCAAGCUUGUUCCCAUCACUGUUCAACACAAGGAUAAUGCUGAUGCUACUUGGGCUGACUCGUUCACCAAGCUUCUAGCUUUCAACCAGACUCAAUACAGGCGCGUCUUGUCCAUCGAUUCUGACUCGAUGAUCCUUCAGAACAUGGAUGAACUAUUCCUUCUACCUCCAGCGCCAGUAGCAAUGCCCAGAGCCUAUUGGCUACCGCCCGGCUCCCAUACUCUCUCAUCUCAAGUCAUGCUCAUCCAACCUUCCAAAGCCGAGUUCUCUCGCAUCAUGGCCAAGGUAGAAUCUGCAUCUAGCAACGACUACGAUAUGGAAAUUGUCAACCAUCUUUAUGGCGGCAGCGCACUCGUCCUUCCGCACCGUCCAUACGAUAUGAUCAGUGGUGAAUACAGAGAAGAGAAUCAUAUCAAGUAUCUCGGCUCUGAGGCUGAGACUUGGGACCCUGUGGCUGCUUACAAUGAAGCUAAACUGAUUCACUUCUCGGACUGGCCACUUCCUAAGCCAUGGCGACCACAACCGGAGGAUAUUCUUCUCAAGAUACAACCUCCAUGCACAUCGAUAAACGACACCGAAGACUGCACGACGAGAACUAUAUGGAAGUCUUUCUAUACAGAUUUUAAAGUCAAGCGCAAGGAUUAUCAGGUUAUUUCGCCUCUUAUGCUUUCGGCGGCCAACUCUUCUGACAACCUGACGAUACUGCCAGAAAAUUAUCCCUACCCGUCGAAUUUUGGCCCUAAAUUCUCCUGCAAGCCCCUCCCAGCUGGAGGUCAUUGUUACAUCCGCUCACGUUACAAUAGCAACAUCCCCCGCACUUCCAGCCGAGUUCACCUUCUAUUCUCGCCCAAGAUCGACAAAAAAGAUAACCGAAAAUACGAUGUGAACCACCAUUAUAAUGACAGUCAAAAGCCGCCAGUUCAAUUGAAUCUUUCUCCUCUCCAUCCACAGCGUGUCGUCAUGGUGAUCAAAAGCUAUCUGGCGACAGCUGCUCUGCUGGCAUCACCCUUUCUGGCGCGCGCACAAGAUCUUAUUCCUCCCAUCCUCGAAACAGCAGAUGUCCUCAUACAAGUUAUUUGGUCCGUCGAAGAAAGUCAGAAGAUAAUAUACAUCGACGAUGAUUUCGCGUCUGUGUCCGAUUAUGAUGGGUUGACACUCAUUCCGCCUACCGCACUUGACUUUGCGACUACGUUUCGCGAUGACAUUAAUGAGAUCACGGGCCUGAACUGGACGCUGAAACAAACGGGGAGAGUUCCAGCUGAUGCCACUGGUAUUUCACUGGGUGCCUACACAGGCGAAUCAUCCGACUUCAUCUACGCCGACGGAAAGUCUACUUCUGAGGGCUAUGAGAUAUUCGUCAACUCCUCUCGCAUCACCAUCGGCGGAAACGGUGCUCGCGGCAUGUGGUGGGGUACCAGAACUCUUCUCCAACUUCUUCUCGCCGGCAAUGGAACUAUCACGGCGGCUGAAGGGAGGGAUGCGCCAGCUUACGCCACAAGAGGAUAUAUGCUCGACGCAGGACGCAAAUGGUAUUCCAAAGACUUUCUCAAGGAGCUGUGCAGCUACGCGUCUUUCUUCAAGAUGAACGAGUUUCAUUACCACCUGAGCGACAACUACCCGCUAAACCGUGGGAAGAAUGAGACUUGGCAGGAUGUUUAUUCGCAUUUCUCGUUGCUACCAGAGGAUAAAGAGUUGCGGGGUAUCCUUCAUGGUCGAGAGAACGAGACUUUGUCUAGGGAGGAUUUUGAAGAUCUACAGCAGCACUGCGCUUCAAGAGGUGUCACUGUUAUUCCGGAGAUCGAAGCACCAGGACAUUCGUUGUACCUCACCAAAUGGAAGCCCGAACUCGCCCUACCCAAGAAAGACCUGUUGAACCUUACUCAUCCUGAUACCCUUCCGACGGUACAGAGCAUCUGGGAAGAGUUCCUCCCGUGGUUCAAAACUAAGGAAGUCCAUAUCGGCGCAGAUGAGUACGAUGCCGAACUAGCGGAUGACUACAUCACAUUCGUCAACAAGAUGAGUCGCUUCAUCAACUCCACAUCCGACAAGCGAAGUCGAAUCUGGGGUACACAUGAGCCGUCCAAGAGAAAUCAGACUAUCGACAAAGACGUGAUCAUCCAGCACUGGCAGUAUGGUCAGUCAGAUCCUGUACAGCUCGUCAAGGAUGGCUACGAUGUGAUCAACUCAGAGGACUGGUGGGCCUAUACAAGCUUGAAGAACGACCACAUGCCGAUUCUACCUGCCAGAUAUCCUCAGUUCUUCAAUGAAAGCCGCAUCUUCAACUUUGCAGAUGAGGAUGACUGGCAGUGGACGCCUGCUGACUUUAAUCCUUUCAACACCAGCAUGCAAGUCGAGGAUGACGAGUCGCGGUUAAAGGGUGCUACAAUGGCAGCAUGGAAUGACAACGGUCCUGAUGCCUCGACUCAGUUGGAAGCUUACUACUCUAUGCGCCGUGGUAUCGCCUUAGUUGGAGCUCGUGCGUGGAGCGGAGGACGUGGGCCCCAGCUGCUCAACGAGACAACCGACACAAGCAUUGGCUUCUACUCCCCUCGGGCGCCAGCUCAGAAUCUUGAUCGCUCUUUGUCAUCAUCCGAUAACAAUGGAACUUUGCUGUCAUGGUCUCGCUCAAGCAGUGAUGGCGAGAAGGUAGAACUCGGCCAUGGAAGCAAAGGCAUGAAUUACACCCUUACCCUUUCAAUCAAUGGGCCCUUCACCUUGUCAGGUCCGGACAACUCUUUGUCGCUAAGCAGGAACGGGAAUCUUGUUUUUGAGGCCGAUGGGUGGGAGUACCCUCUCCGUCAAGUCAGUGAGGAACACGCUUUAGAACUUGACUCCGGCCAUCCUGGUCGCAUUUGGGUCAACGCCUCAUCAUCCACACAUAAGCCUGUGAAUCUGUCAGUUCCAGCUGAGAUUACUUUGGUGACAGAUGUUCUUCAUGGUACGGUCGUGUUCGUUGAUUCCGAACUGAGAGGAAGAUUCGAGGUAUUUGUUUAUGGUGGUCGGAACACACAGUUCAGCUGGAGUCAAAUGGCAUUUGUUGCGCCGUUGAAUGAUGUCAAAGGUGGAAUUACCCACUUGAAUUUGAAUGGAACUGCUACUUUCUCUGGGAGUAGCACAGGUGGAAGACCUUCCGGUCUUCCAGGUGGAAAUGCCGCGACUCCCACUAUACCUUUACCUGGCUUGACCACCAUGGUCCUGAUCACAGCCGUCGUACUUAUAUUUCAAUGA